AUGCAUCCCCAAUCCACCAACAGUAAUGGCACCAAUGGGCCCAACCUGGGCAAGGAGAUCCUCUUUGACACCAACAAUUGGAACACUGUCAGACAGCCAGACGCGCCACACAACGAUGACACUAAAAGGAUGAAGAGAGACGAUGCAGGCGAGCCCGACAAUGACACUAGGGCUGACCCAGCCUCCGCUCCUCAGGAAUCAGCCGCAGACACUCCGAGCGAUAAGCGUCGUAAGGUGACUUUUACGCCGGCUGCCACUGCUGCUUCGCGCUCUUCAGAGAUUGGCACUGGGGACGCCGAGGCUGACCGCGAGCGCAGGCGCAGGCGAGAGGCCGUGGCCGAGAUUAUCCAGCAGGUCGCCAAUAAAGCUCUGUUCAAGGCCGUCCACUACGUCCCGGAGAAGCCCACGUUCCCCUGGAACUACAAUGAGCUGCCUGACCCGAUCCGCUGCGACGCUGUCGCGAGAUGUAGCCAUAGAUUUCAGGUGGGAUGCUCGGCCGACCUCGACGAGCACAGGCUCUCCGACUUGCGCACCUGCCUGUACAUGGCGAUCGUUGAUCAGCUCACGGAAGUGGACCGCUCCGAUUUUGCCAUCCGGCACCCGUUCAACCGGGGCAACAAGAUCUAUAUUGAUGUCAACGUGAUCAACAAGAAGGUUUACGGCGAAUUCAAGAAGCUCCAGGCCAAGUGGGGUCGUCUCGACAUUACUCUCGCCUCGUCGGCUGCGCCGCUCGAUGAGAUGCAGCAGGUAUUCCGCAUGGGCACGACGGGCAACGGUACCCUAGAUGUGCGUGUGAAGGUGGAGGAUGUCGUCUGCAGAAUUCUCAAGCACCUGGUUGGACACGUUAAGGUCUCGGACGCUUGGGGUAUGUAUUCGAAGCAGAUCAAGAGGGAUGGCACCAAAUACCUGCAGUUCGAAGGGAUCAUCUACCUUCUAGGCACGGUCUCGCGCCCUUCCGCGAUUCAGUCAGUUCCGGCGUUUGUCGAUCUCAGCGGCAUUCCUUAUGCUGGAGGCGAACUGCCUCUGUGGUUUAACGACAGGCCUAUUUUCUGCACCGCCUGCAGACCGAUCCCUGGCCGACACCAUCUUGCCACCGAGUGCCCUCAGAAGCGCUAUGUUGGUCGUGCCGGGCGUUGCUACGCCUGA